GUGCAGUGGGCGUGGCCAGUUUGGAGAUUAGUAGAAGGGACGGCCCUGUGGCCCAAGAAUGGGGUGUGCCCAGGCCCAGCCUGGCGGCUAAUUUCCAGGCGAUGGAAGAAGAGGAUCCGCAGGGUUUGAGUGGUUUAGAGACUGUGCAGCAACGGUGCGAGGACGGGACAGCGUGCCCGGUGGAGGCUGUUGGGGAGACUGAGCAGGAGGCGUUGCUAUGGAGCACGGCGAGCUGCUACUCGAGUUAUUUAACAGCUACUGCCCAAGGGGAGAUUCAACAAUUGGAACAAAGUUUAGAAGAAAUGCUUACUAGAGUGGAUGAAUUCUGUGGGAUGUUAGACAUGAUUCGAAAUGAUUCUUCUCAGAUAAUGAAUGAAAAUAUCCCUGAAAUCCAUGCGAAAGCAGAUGAAAUGAAGCAAUUAUACAAAAAGAUUGAUAAAUUAGAGGCCUUUGUCAAGAUGGUUGGACAAAAUGUAUGUGUUCUAGAUGAUCAAGUGACACAAGCUGAAGCCAAAGUUGGAAGCUUUCCCAGCACAUUUAGAAAAAUUUGGCACUCAAUCGGUUCUUCAGCAUUCCUUAAUAAAUCACCAUUGCCUAAGAGACAACAGCAAAGAUUUGAACACCCAACACUCUUCCGGACAGAAGAUUACUUCCCAGUGCAGAACUCCUAGCAUAUAAUUAUAACAUUAAAAGAAUAGUAGCACAAAGGAAGAAACUUACCUGCCCAAACCUACUGGAUGCAGUGUCAGUCACUUCCAGUUAAUGAAGCAGGGGUCAUUUUCUUAUGAAACAGGCUGAUUUGUUCAAAACCUCUGAAGCCAAUAUUCUUGUCUUCCUUUUUAAUAUUAAAAUAUUGCUUUUGAUAUGAAACUGCUUAAAUAUAUGCAUAAAGUAAAUACUGCUGACAGAUAAAAUUUGAACAGUGUUGAUAUUUAUCUACAGAUUUAUAAUUACCAAGGAUGAGUUUUUAAAUGCUGAUCUGGUAAGAGUUCUGUUUUUGAGACUACCUUUGAUAUUUGCUGAUUAAUGAUAAAUGGUGUCCAUGCUAAUGCCAAUGCAUGAUUUUGCACUUUGUUUGCCUUAGAAUGUAUUGAAUUUCCAUUUCUUCAAUUCUGUAAACUGAGGGUGAGAAAUAUCCUUUUUAUUUUCUGGAGAAUCAACGAUUUUUUUUCAGAGAAAUUAUACCAUUAACAACUACAGGCACUGGAUUUUAUACAAGUUCUUUUAUGUUGGAAAUUAUUAAAUUGCUGUUCAGCAUUGUAUCUCCCAACAA